UAAAAAAGCUAUUUGAAUGUACAGCAUGAUGAUGGAGACGGACUUGCACUCCCCUGGCGGAGCCCAGGCCCCCACGAACCUCUCGGGGCAGACCGGAGCGGGAGGCGGCGGAGGAGGCGGCGGCGGCGGGGGAAACAAAGCGAACCAGGACCGGGUCAAGAGACCCAUGAACGCCUUCAUGGUGUGGUCGCGGGGCCAGCGGCGGAAGAUGGCCCAGGAGAACCCCAAAAUGCACAACUCGGAGAUCAGCAAGCGCCUGGGGGCCGAGUGGAAAGUCAUGUCGGAGGCCGAGAAGAGACCGUUCAUCGACGAGGCGAAGCGGCUGCGAGCGCUGCACAUGAAGGAGCACCCGGAUUAUAAAUACCGGCCCCGGCGGAAGACCAAGACCCUGCUCAAGAAGGACAAGUACUCGCUGGCCGGGGGGCUGCUGAGCGCCGGCUCGGCCGGGGGCGGCCCGGCCGGCGUCGGCGUGGGCAUGGGCGUCGGCGUCAGCCCGGGCGGCGUCGGGCAGCGGCUGGAGAGCCCCGGCGGCACGGCCAGCGGCGGCUACGCGCACAUGAACGGCUGGGCCAACGGCGCCUACCCGGGCUCGGUGGCGGCGGCGGCGGCGGCGGCGGCGAUGAUGCAGGAGGCGCAGCUCGCCUACAGCCAGCACCCCGGCAGCGGGGGGCACCCGCACCACCCGCACCCGCACCACCCGCACCACCCGCACAACCCGCAGCCCAUGCACCGCUACGACAUGGGUGCCCUGCAGUACAGCCCCAUCUCCAACUCGCAGGGCUACAUGAGCGCCUCGCCCUCGGGCUACGGCGCCCUGCCCUACGGCUCCCAGCCCCACCAGAACUCGGCGGCGGCGGCGGCGGCGGCGGCAGCGGCGGCGGCCGCCUCCUCGGGCGCGCUGGGCGCCCUGGGCUCGCUGGUGAAGUCGGAGCCCAGCGUGAGCCCGCCCGUCACCUCUCACUCGCGGGCCCCGUGCCCCGGGGACCUGCGGGAGAUGAUCAGCAUGUACUUACCGGCCGGGGAAGGCGGGGAUCCGGCGGCCGCUGCCGCCCAGAGCCGGCUCCACUCCCUGCCCCAGCACUACCAGAGCGCCAGCACGGGGGUGAACGGCACCGUUCCCUUGACGCAUAUCUGAGCCCCGCCAGCACCGGAGCGCCGGAGCAGGCACGGACGCGGGCACCGGCUCGGCCGCCGCCCCGGCCCCGGGCCGGCCUGCAGGACUGCGCGCCCCGCCGCUGCCGCCGCACGCUCAGCCCCGGCCCCGCGCCGCUCCUGCCCCGCUCCCAGGUUCCCCCCUCUUAUUUUUGCCUCUCGCGCCCCUUCCCUCCCGCCCUCCCCGCCUCUCUCCUUUUUUUUUUUUCUUCCUUCCUUUUUGUACAGAAAUGUUUUGAUGUUCUUGUAAUAAUAAUAAUAAAUAAUAAUAAUAAUAACGAGAGAGAAAAAAGGUAACGGUUGCUUUACUUACCUUUUUUUUUAGAAGGACUAGUUUAUGAAACUAGUUUUAGACUGAACUUCUGCGUUUUAUCGAGACUUUUUGUACAGUAUUUAUCAUUCACCCAAGAGACAUAGAGCGUUUAUUUGCAAAAGAGGAGAAAGAGAGCAAGGGGGGAAAGUGCGGCGAAAAGAAAAAAUAUCAAUAAUAAACACACAAAGUUGUAGGUGAUGCCAACUUUUAUACCGCGCGGAACCGCUACGAUUUCAGUCACGGAUCGCUUCUUGCGAAGAUUUUUUUAUUGACUAAUUAACUCGAAGUUGAUGAGGAAACAGUUCUCAUUUAUUACUCAUGUACUAAGACAAAUCCAAAAGAACACUUAAAAGUUUUUGUAGAUAUUCUCGAGGGCUUUUCGGGUUGGGUUUUUUUUUAGUUACUUGUUUGUUUAUUUAUAAUUUUUUGUUAUUGUUGUUUUGUUUUGGAAGCUCCAUUUUUUUUUCCGGGGUUCGUAAAACUUUAUUGUAUCUGGAUAUUUUUGUUUGUUUGUUUCUCUUUGAUUUUUGUUUUCUUUUUGUAUCAUUUCUUGUAAAUGCAUUGUGAAAUAAUUUUUAUUUAGGCGGCACGAAGGAAAUCAGAUUGUGUAUAUAGUUUACUAAAAAGCCUUUCUGCUAAACAGAAAUCCUAAGGAUGCGGUCCUCUUUUUUUCUGUUUUGAUUAAAUAAAUUUCAAAGCGGAAAAAGUCACCUAUAUAAAAAGAAAAGCUAACUGGCAAACAUAGUGAUGUUUACCCUGGUAAGCCUGGAAACACAGCAGGGAAACAGAUUUUGGGAAGGAAGUUUUAAGCAGCAGCGGCAAACAGAAUGAAGUGCAAUCUGCAGUAAAUGUCGAUGUUCCCUAACCUGUGUAAAUCAGAAGGGGUGAAGGUAGAUUUAUUUUAAUACUCGUUCCUUGCUCCAAGGGAAGGCAGUUUAUUGCGUUACUCUUCUAGCCGUGACCGUUCAUUUUGUGGAUUUUAGGGCUGGGCUGGUGGUCCGGACCUUGCCGGAGCCUUGACUUUUCCCCUGGGGGGUGACCGGGCGCUGCCCGCCCCUCUCGGCCGGGCCCCCCCUCGGCCGGGAAUUCCCGGCGGCCCGGGGACAGCCGCGGCCCCGGGAGCCGGGAGGACACCGGCCAGCGCGGCGCUUCCCCCUAACUAACACCAUGGAAAGUGAAAGGGCUUCUUUUUGCGCGUCCCGAAAAGAGAAGCGACCUCUAAAGCUCACGCCCUAGAAGCAGUCCCAUCCGCCCGGAGCAUUCCGGGGGGCGAGCGGCAGCGGCGGGGUCACACCUUUCUCCCCCUUCCCCAUCCCCCGCCCCCCGUUUUUAGCGACUGGUGCGAAAGCUGUCGAGCAAAACGAUGCGUGUCAUUUCAUUGCAGAAUGUUGUUUAUUGCUUCGAGAUCUAAUUUAAUUUUUUUUUCUAGCUGUUGAGAGAUACUUUUCUAUAUGUUAGAAUUAAAAGUUUGCUGUAAACUACUGUAGCAAAUGAAUUUUUAAAGUAGUCAUAACUGCUUAAACGAAAGGAAAAAUAAUUAACUUUCAGGACUUCAAUGUCGAUCCCAGCAGGCUGUAGGACUGUUCGUCUUUUAGCUCUGGUGAAUAAGUACUGCAUCCGUCCAGGAGUGGGGAAGUUUUAGUUAGCUAAUGAGGAGCGGGUUUGGUCCGUCUUAGCGAUUGCACUUCUAUAAUGCUGACAUGUCAAUUGACAUACAUAACUCUUCGGACUCCUGUCGAUAAUUUUGUAUGAAUCUCAUACUGAACGCAAAAUUUUCAUAGAGGCUGUCCAUUGAUUUCAGCCCAAAGUUUUGGGGUUUUUUUUCCCCUUUUCUUAACUAUUCGAGCCUUUAUUAAAAUGGAGGAGUGUGAGGGUUCAGACAGUCAGCAGACGACUUUUGGAAAUGCUCAGCGACCAAAGAGUGCAUACAGAAAACAGGAACCUGUAGGAAACUUUCUGUGGUGUUGAUCGCCUCCAGCCACCGUCCUAGAUGAGAUUUUAAAAAUACCUUUAGGUAUGCAGAUUAAGUUGGGUACCUGUUGAAUUGUUUCUUGAAACGUGUUGUCCUUCAUGUGCAUAUACUCGCAAAUACCUGUACACACCAUAGAUAGCAUCGUGACAGAAGAGAAGUGUGUGUGUGCGUGCACAUGCAGACACAUACACGUCUGAUGAACCCUUGUUACGUUCCUUUUUCUUUAAGGGUCAUAGCUUUUGAAAAUCACAUUUAAUGACAAUGUAGAAUAGAAAAAUCCCAGCGAGACGAUUCUGUAUCGCUGAACGCGACUGAUGGAACAGGAUUGGAGCGGUCAAGGGAGAAAAGCAAGUAAAUAUCUGUUCAUUUGUGUCCAAACAGCAGAAAUACUAUGGGGAAGUGCUUUAAAAAAUUAUAGCUCUCUGAAUUAGCUCCUUUUAAUGAGUUUUCCCUCCUACCAUCACAAUUUAGCGGCUCAAUGGCGUUAUGCCUAGAAUAAUAGGAAUACCUGCACUUUCAACACAAGGGGAUUAAAGAGACCCAAUGUCGGCUAUAUUCAAAUAAGCUUCAAACACCCUCAGCCCGCCUUUCAAUGUAAUGAAGUUCGUUCUGCAAAUGUCCACCCCCCCAAAAAAAAAAAAAAAAAGCCCAAAAAAGCAAACCUUCGCCAAAAACAAAACAAAACAAAAACAAAACAAAACCAAACAAAAGAAAAAGAAAACAAAAAAAUCCGAGCAACCAAAAAAAAAAGUAAAAAACCCCAUCUCCUCGAAAUACCAAAAAACUAUCCACCCACCCCAUUCCCUUGAGAAACCAUCGGGGUAGAAUUUUUUUUACUGUUCAUGGUCUAUUGGUUGGUUUGGCAGUUCAAUUUAAUUUGAGUUAAACUUCACAUUUGGGUAUUUAAACAAAACAACUUUCCUAGGCAGAUGAGUUGGGGUUAGGUGCAGUAACAUAAUUAUGUCUUCGGGCUUUUUGCUAUGAGAGUUAUAUAUAAGAGAAUAAUUGAAUAUGCAAAACUAAGAAUAGGUUUAAGCGAUUUAUGGUUUAAGUACAUUACAUCUAAAAUUGUAUGAAAUGUUCCUCCUAUAGCAUGAUUGACAGAGCUAUUAAAAUCACAUAUGUGGAAGAAUUAAAGCAAAAAGUCAUCUCGUUUUCAGUAAAAGGAAGGAAAAUCCAGGGAGUGAGGCGAACGGGAGCGGGGCCGAGGUGCCUUCUUUGCAGUUAGGCUGCGGGUAGCGUGGGGAGCUUGGGGUCAAGGCCCCCCGUGGGCCAGAGCGCAGCGCCGCGGUCACCGCGCUGCCGCGGAUCCCUGUGCCCCGGGAGGCAGGAGGGGCAGGAGGCACACAGAGAUAACAGGUUUGAUCCGCUCCAAACUUCGAGCCGAAACACAAACUUGGCCUGAACUCCACAGCUCUUUUCCCAACGGCUUUUCUGUUUUAAAAAACAUUUCGCCCCCCCCCCCCCCUUCCUCUCCAGCGUGCGUGGCUCACUGAGCUCGUGGGAGUGGCGCUGGGCCCCGGGGAAAAGCCGCUCCCUCCAGCUCCACUCCCCCGCGCCCUCAGCCGGAGUCACAUCGCAACAAGCCCCGGGGGGAGCACCGGUGGGACGGCUCCGAGCCGGGAGGAGGGCACACGAAAUUGUCCAUGAAGAUAAAAAGAGGGACGAUUCCAGAAAUCAGACCCAAGGCGCCCGUAGGGCUACAGCGGGACAAGAAGCUCCGCGAAAUGCUCCUUGGUAGGGCGGGGUGGGGGGUGGGGAGGACCCUCCCUCCCAGCUGCGCCACAUGCAGGCGACAUCAGGCCGGGUCACCUGCACGUCUGACGCGAUUACAGCAUUUUAUUAUUACGUGUAAACUGCCACGGAAGGGGGAAAAAUCUAUAAAAGAAAAAAAAAAAGCACCACAGCAUCACACAGACACGCUCCCCCGCGCCGAAAACCAAACCAAAAGGCUGAUCUCAGCAUUGCUGUAAAGUAAAACGGAGCUAAAAGACGCGAACUGGCAGGUGUCUGCGGGUUUGAUGGGUUAUCUGGACGGGAUGCUCUCCCGGGGCUGGCGCCGACGCUCUCCCACGCCCCACGGUUUCCCCGCCUUUCCCGGGCACUCACCGACUCUCCCGAGCCCCUUUCUGCCCCUCCCUCCCCCUUCCAGCACACUUUCUGUCAGCUCGCCCCAGUGAUCUCCAGAUCUCCCCUUCCCUCCCACACUCAGCAUCACGUGGGGAGCGCCGGGACGGGGCAGUCCCGUGGGGGCGGACAGCGGCAGUGUGUCCCCGUGUCCGUGUGUCCGUGUCAGCGUGCAGAGGGCUGAUCUCCCAGGAAGGGCCCUCCUUGCUAAGCCAAUCCCCCCGGAGUCGUGGAGCAGUGGGCCUGGGGGAUGUUGUUUGUGGGUGCGAGCGGCGGCCCGGGAAGCGAGGUGCCCCCGGUGCCGUCAGAGAGGCUGCGGAUGAAUGAUGCAAGAGGAAAACGGG